AUGUUUAGAUUAAUAAACACUUCGCAAGGGUUACGUCCCUCAUUAAUCCUGAAGAUAAAACUAGCCAAGAAUGGAUCUGGUGUUCCCACAGCUUCUUCACUUACGACGACAACAACAACACCCCAACCAUCUGCUGCAUUAGACUCAAAGCUAUUCUUUAGAAAUAACUCCACUGCUUCCGCUUCCGCUACUAUACUGUCUUCAUUCCAAGAGAAACCUAUUUCCAACGAUUAUAAAGAAAAGUUUGCUUACUAUGAACAUAAGCAUCAUCAACCAAAUUAUGCCAAACGUUGGACUCCAAGAGACAGUUCUACUUACCAAGAUAUUGAAGAGAUUUCUAACCUUAUUCAAGAUGAAAAGUUUAGAAGUCAAAUGAGUGAAAAGGACUUGUACAGAUACACUGCAAAUUUAUAUAGCGCCACCAUAACCCUGAGGAAAACUAGAUUAGGUAACUCAAGAAAUAGAGACAAAGAUCAGGCUGACGCAUUUAAAGAAGAUGUCGUUUAUCAAACAGCUGUAUUAAACCUCAUGGAAUUGGUUGCUGCUGGAGAUUUCAACAAUGUCUUAUCGAGUCGUAUAUUAUUCAAAAUAUUUGGAACUUUGUUGCAAUUCAAAUUGAAUACAGAAAUUAUGAGUUUAUGGGAAAACGGAGUUAGUCAAUCAGAAAAAUCAAGUAAUGGUAUCGGUCAAUUGUAUUUAAGUCAUGAUGUCUUGUCGAUCGUACUUCAAGUGGCUUAUGAGACAAAGAGAUUUAAUUACGAAGAAAUCAAACUGAUUUAUAACAUGAGUGUCAAUGAAAAUGAGCCAGUUCAUCCAUUCUUAUCUGAUAGAAUUGGACAAGUUGCCAUUAAUGAAGGCGAUCAUGCUAGGGGUUUAGAUGCCUUGGAAGACUUAAUGGCAUUGUAUGAAAAGAAUCCUCAAGAAAAAUCUAUUUUGGGUGGUUUAGCUCAGUUGCAUUUAUCAUUUAUUGGACAAUGUAAAGAUGUUGUUAUCGCCAAGAGAUUUUUUGACAGGGCUGUCGACAACGCCGAAUCCUUGCCUUAUGUUGUUGUUUUAAAAGCCCCUUAUAUGGUUUCAUUCUUGGAAAAUUGUGUCAAUGCUGGUGAUUCAAUGGAGGAUGUGAUCCAAUUAUGGAGUCGUAUUUCGAAUCAUUAUGGUGAAACGAGUGCUGCCACUAGCUCAUCAAAACUGGCCACUAUCAAUGCCGGCUUAUUUAAAUUGUUCUUCAACAAGUACCCUGAACCAAAUGAAGAAUCAAUCAAGCUUUUAAAAUUGAUUUUUACUAAAGCCCCUAAAAUUGAUGAAGUUUUCUUAAACACCUUAAUUUCGAAUAUGCAAUGGACAGAAAAGAGUUUAGCACAGGAUGUUAUUGACGCUUUUGACAAAUUCAAUGUUGAAAAAAGUAUCAUUUCCCACCGUGUCAUUUUAAAACAAGCGGGACAAGUUGAUUACUCCGUACCUGAAAUUUUACAGUUGUGGAAUAAUUUGUUGGCAAAGUUGGAUGCUGAAAAUUACAAAUAUAUUGCCAAUGCUGAUUGGUCAGCACUUCGAGCUGCCACUGCAUUUGCUGAAAACUACAAAUCAGAUGAAAGGUUAGGAUUGUAUUUUUCACUUGUUAAAGCUUAUAAAAAUUACAUGCAACAUAAUGGAGCUUGUGUUAAUUUUAUUAGAAGUUGGAUUAAGGAUGCCAAUGUUUAUAAACAAGUAUCAAGGAUAACUACUGAAGAAGAUCCCCAUUUCAGCAAUGAAGUUGCUAUUGAGGUUCCUCAUUUCCAACAUUUGAGAGAAAAUGUUAAUUAUAGAGCUGCAUCGAAAAAGGUAACCGAUGCUAAUCCUAGAUUACUUGACUAG